CGAUAACUCUGUCCUAAUUAAAGAUGGCUGUCACAUUUACCUUUGGGAGAUUUUGUUCUCACGUUUUAAAGAUUUCCAGCAGCAGAGCCACAUUAUCGGGUUUGCAUCGGUGCACAAGACAUGCACAUUUUUCAACACUGAAGACUGAAGGUGUUGUUCCAGUGAUGAAACUGCUUUCUUCAACUCCAGGUCAUAAUCUUUCAUCUACAGAGAAGCUACCUACAUGCAUAAAUUGCUUUCAUCCUGUUCGAAAUGCAUCUUCACUUCCUUCUCAAAGACCAUCUCACAGUGAAGAAGACUGGAGUGUCUUAACAAACCCUUCCCAGUCUACAGCCUUAACAGAAAAGGUGAAUAGUGCAUUGCAGAGUGAAGAUGUUGGGCGAUUGUUUGCUGUUGUCCACAUAGCGGGGAAACAAAGAAAGAUUACAACAGAAGACAUGAUAUUAAUUCAACAUUACUUCCCGCCAAAUAUUGGGGAUAGAAUUCGACUGGAAAAGGUAUUAAUGGUAGGAAGCAAGGACUUCUCACUUGUUGGUCAGCCAUUGUUGAGUCGAGACGUUGUUCGAGUAGAAGCCACAGUGGUUGAAAAAACCCUUUCUUAUUAUAAAACUAAAUUUAAUUACGUAAGACGGAAAGGAUUCAGAAGAUUUAAUUUGAUACGGUCGAAAUACACCAUGUUGGUUAUCAACAGUAUUGAAAUGAAUUCCUUGCCAUAAAAAUGACAGUAAUGAUGGAGAUCGUGGAGAGAAAAAACUGUGGACUUUAUAUUCAUAACCAUGCCAUGUAGAAUCUAAUGCUAAAAUGAUGAUGUGAUAUUUAACUCGACCUAACAUUUUACAUCUCUUGUUAUCAAGUACUGAGGUGUUCCUCCAGAUUUAUCACCUAGAUGUUCAAGGAGCAGGUUAUCAAAGACACCUUGUCAGACAUUAUAUGUAAUACGAAUGGGUCAGUGAUUUGGACAGUGAACAUCGGUAGAUCAAAUGGAAUAUAAAAUGACGUGUUGUUCAGCAAAUCGGAGCCUACCAUGAGCUAUGCUAAUAGUGUUCAAGUGUUCAUUUUACUAAUGGCAAUAUACACAAUAAAUGUGUGUUUUGUUA